UCCGGUUCACCGUGAUCACCAUCCAUUUUUGUGACAAGUGAAGUGAAUCUUCACGGUUUUUUGAUUUGUUUUUUCAGUCUAUUUUCAAAAAUGUAUAAAUAACAAAGUUCCAAUUAACGUGUCGCAAUUUAUAGUUUAUUUAUGCAACAAAAGUUUUAGAAGAUUCAUCUAAAUUCUUGGCAAUAUGUUAAAAACGGACGAUUCUCUUCGGCAAUAUCCUCAUUAUCCACAGACUGUGGAUUUCAAUAAGCAGGAGGAUCAGUAUUCAACUGAAAUUUAUAGCAAUGACGUGACAGUAAUUCCUGCACCUGGAAAUCAUAAUCAUGGAAGUUCAAAAGUAAAACUCAAGAAUAUUGUCGAUUUUUCUUGGGAACAUCGUUUAUAUAUAGGAAAUCUUUUAGCAAUCCACACAUCAGGAAAAUAUCUUGCUUAUGGCCUUAAGGUUGUCAACGGAAGUGGCGUGGUUCGAGUUGUAAAUAAAGAAGUCGAACAUCGAAUACUUUUGAGAUUACGAGGACCUGUUCAAGAUUUGGCAUUUGCACAUGUUUCGAAUGCAAUUCUUGCUUGUGUCGACUGCUUUGGAAGUCUCUAUGUAUACACGAUUGAAGCUCUACCUAGAGAGUUGGCGUAUUCCUUGAUAUUACAAGUAGACGCAGAGGAUUGUAUGCCAAUUAGUCAUCGUGUGAUUUGGUGUCCUUACAUUCCUGAAGAGGAGGCGACCGACGGAGAUGAGGUUUCGAAAUUAUUGGUUUUAACGAGAGGACCAAAGGCCGAAUUGUGGUCCGUGGCUGCUGCCUCAAGACUUUGGAAUAAGCCUGUCCAGAUUACGGAUCCGGAGGUGAAAAAUAGUGGCGUUGUUUUGGAGAUAAACGAGCACACGGAUACGAUUGUUCAAGCGACUUUCAGUCCUGAUGGAACGGCAUUGGCUACCGCAAGUUUCGAUGGGGAAGUGAAAUUUUUCCAAGUUUGUAUGUUUGGUCAUGGUGCUCAACAAAAACCACGUUGUUUACAUCAGUGGCGUCCACACAAUGGUCGACCGAUAUCAUCUCUAUUUUUUCUCGACGAUCACAAAAAUUAUCAACCCGAACUUUUUCCCCCCGACAGUGCUCAAUUUUGGAGGUUCGCCAUCACCGGCUGCGAUGACAAUUCGGAAUUGAAACUGUGGUCCUGUGAAUUGUGGACGUGUUUGCAGACUAUUAAAUUCACGCCAAGACCCACAUCAUCAUCGGCACCAUGCUUAAAAGCCGGUCUCGAUCUCAGUGCCGGUUAUCUUCUUCUCUCGGACAUUUACAACAAGGUUUUGUACGUAUUGAACGUGACGAAGGAUAAGGGCGAAGCUCUAGCCGGUAUCAAUACAAUAUCACAAUUUCUCCUACCAUCGCCAAUGUUGAGUUUUGCAAUUGUCGAUGCCGGUCAGAGGAAAGUGAAACCAACCGGAGAAUCAUUGGAGGAUCUCUGUCCAGGCGACGACGAGAAUGAAGAUCAACUGGUCAUAAGAAUGUAUCUCGUUCAACCGAAAUCCCUCCAAGAGUGUCACAUUGCAUUCAGAACAGCGACCCACGUCACUGGAACAUGUCUAAUGGACACACUCACUCACGAUUCUCUCGAUUAUGCUGAGGAUAUUCCGGAAAUUGGCGCCGUCAAUCACAACGGACUGGAGGUGAAUAACGAGGAGGAUCGAUCAGUGUCGGCGGCAAUUGAAGCGGCAACAAAUCACGCAGCGGCUCUAAAUCUCAUGACACCCGAUGCAUUCAGCUCGCCGGCAAAGAAGGACUCGGCUCUCGAUUCAAACACCAAUAGUCCAGAAUUGGGAAAUGUAUUGUCAGCGAGUCCAUCACUUGCACAGGCAAUACAUGCAUUGAAUACAUCCGAACCACCAUUGGCAACCAGUGAAAUUGAAGAGCAAGCACCGCCAAGUGGUGGAAGCAGUCCCUCACGAGAGGUAAGGGAAAUUCUCUCCCUCGCCGAACCGGAGGAAGGCGAAAAUGAAACGAAAGACGACAUUGAUGAACUUCCAACAAAUGAGGAUCCCAAUUGGCCCAACAUCUCAAUUGCUCUACUCAAGGACGUUAAUAUCUGUCCUAAUGAUAUCAAAAAGGAUCAAAUCAAUGAUCAACUCAAUAACAAGGAUGAUGCAAAAUCGGUGAUAAAUUGCGAGGACGAUUUAAAAUGGCGAUUGCUUAAUGAAGAUAAAAUAUUGAGUCUCACAACUAAAUUUGAUUCGAUACUCGAAAUUGUACAAGAUCAACGACAGGAAAUAAGGGAAUUAAGAUUAGAACUUUCAGCGUUGAGAAGUGAAACGCCACUUGGCAAUCGUGUUGAAAUUGCAGUGACAAGAGCGACACAACAACAAACAGCAACAGUUGAACAAACACUUUUUAAUCACAUAACAAGACAACACGAACUUUUAUCUAAUAUUGAAAAAUCCAUUAAAGAAAAUAUUGAAACUUCCCUUCCUCAAGUUUGUGCCGAUGCCGUCGAACCAUUAAAAAAUCAAUUACGACUUGAUACUGUGAAAAUGGACGAGCUUCUUAAAGCAAAUUUAAAUCAAUUAAUUAAUGGCGUUCAUAUGAAAGAAACAAUUACUCUCGCUGUCGCUAAUGCCGCUAAACCAACACUCGAAAUUCUCUUUAAAGAAACGUUUGCCAAUACUUUAUUGCCUGGUAUGGAGAAAGCUUGUCAGACAAUGUUUCGACAAAUUCAGGAUACUUUUGUUCGUGGUACUAGAGAAUAUUUACAAAAUGUGGAUACAGUUGUUGAGAAGCAGUGUCAAAAGCGCUACGAACAGAAGAGUGAAACUCUCGUUUCUGUUGUCAAAGAUGAGAUGCAUGCGGCAUUGACGAGAGGUUUAUCAGUUCUCCAAGAAGGAACUUUAAGAACAAUUCGCGAUUCUAUGAGGGAAAAUCUUACGCAUCACUUCAGUGAUAUUUCUGGCGUUAGAUCAAGAGCAACAACGCCAGGACCACCGGCUGCGGGUGUUGCUGAUAUUCAAGCGAGAAUUUUGUCUCUUUUACAAAGAGGCCAAUUGAACGCAGCUUUCCAACAAGCAUUGAGUGCAAGUGACUUGAGUCUAGUUACACUAGUCUGUGAAAAAACUGAUCCUAAUCGAGUGUUCUCAAGCCCAAUGGGUUCGCAGGGUCCACGAUCAAUUUUACAGCAACCUGUGAUACUUUCUCUUGUACAGCAACUUUCUGCCGAUCUAGGACACCGAACUGAACUCAAACACAGGUGGUUGGAAGAGGCAAUUUUAAAUUUAGAUCCCGCCGAUCCUGUGACACGUGAACAUAUUGGAACAGUUGUGAGCAAUUUACAUACUCAACUUGGUCAUUUUGUAACUGCAAAUCCUAAUCAUCGUUCAGCUCGAGCGAUGAAAAUGCUCGCAAUGGCAACACGAUCAUUGUGCAAUGAUCGUCCAUGACCAACAUAUUCGUGAGACUAUAUUUCGAUAUAUUAUGUAUUUUUUACUUUCGUGAUAUAAAAACCAAACCAACCGUUUUGCACUGAAGUGUCUCGUCAAAAAAAAGUGCAUUUUUUUUCGCACAAAAACAAUGGAAAAGUUCUUUAUAUAUAUUUUUUUCUUCCAAUCAUGUAAAAUAUCAUCAAUCAUUAUAUAGAUUUUUCAAGAGUUUAUUUCUAGAAUAUAAUUUAAAUUUUAUUAUUUGUGCAUUAUUAUUUUUUUUUAAUUUGAAUGAAAAAUUGUUUUUAAGUAAUAUAAAUAUAGAGAUAUAUAUUUGCAUUUAGUGCAAUAGGAUUUAGUUUUCAUUUAGUAUUUUAUUUUUAUCAAACUAAUCACAAUAAUACGCUUUUUGACUUUUUAGGAAAAUAGAUUUUCAAUUAGAGGAAUUUUUCGAAAGUCAAAAAACGUAUUUUUAAGUGAUUUUUCUCAGGAUUUUAUGUAUAAUUUUUUUUUUAAAUAUUUAUCACGUCUUUUCCGUUGUUUUCUAACACGAGAAAUCAGUUACAACAGUUGGGCAUUUUUUUGUUUUA